GUUUGCCUACAUUUGUGUUGGUGGGUUUUGGGACUUCCAUUGCUGCUUUACUUGGUGUCAUUGCUCAUUUUUCACUAUCAAGAAAAGGUGUAGGGUUUUUGUUUAGGAGUCCAUUGCACUCUUUGCAUGGGAUUUUAAGGCCAUCUGGAAGAGAUAAAGGUAUUGAAAGUGGAACUGUUGAAUCUGAAGCAUCACUUGGAGAUAAAAUGGUUUCUGAAGAAAGUGUGGAGACAAUGUUUGAUGCGGUUAACGAUACCAUGGCAUCAGAGACAAACCAUAGUACGGGAGGAGAAAGAAAGCUUGGACGUAUUAUAAUUCCAGCUGCUGUGGAUUCUAUUCAACAGGAAGCUAUAGUGAUGUUGAAGAAACUCGAGAUCAUUGAAGAUGAUAUCAAGGCAGAUGAAUUGUGUACUAGGAGGGAAUAUGCAAGAUGGUUAGUUCGGGCAAAUUCACAACUGGAAAGAAAUCCAAAGCAUCGGAUAGCUCCAUCUGUGGUACUUGCUGGGUCAACAAUUACUGCUUUUGACGACGUGAAUGUUGAAGACCCUGAUUUUGGUUCCAUUCAAUCGCUGGCUGAAGCUGGCAUUGUUCGUAGCAAGCUCUUAAAUGAGUACUUUGGUCUGGAUGACUUAAGAGGCCAAGAAGAUGCCAAUUUUUUUCCUGAGAGAUUUCUUUCUCGUCAGGAUCUGAUAAAGUGGAAAGCCAAGCUGGAAUAUGAAUCAUAUGAUGUCCUGCCUGGAAUAAAUGAAGAGAUAUUUAGGAACAACGUGGGUUUUAUGGACAUGAGGGAGAUCAGUUCAGAAGCGUCAGAGGAACUUUUUGUGGACAUGCUGGCAGGCAACAAGAGCAUACUCAGAAAAGUUUUUGGACAGGCAAAGCGAUUUCAACCUAAUAAACCUUCCACGAAGGCGCAAGCAGCAGUGGCGCUGACAAGUGGGAGAAUGAAGGAAGCAAUUCAUGCUGAACUAUCAAGAUUAGAAGCUGAGAAUUCUUUAAGGAAAACUGUUAUGGAUGAAAUUCACACUGAACUUCUAGCGAGAGGAGACAUUCAAAGUUAUUGGGACAAAAAGAUGGAAGAAGAAAAAGGCCGUGGUUUGGAGGUGGAGGGGGCUUAUAAUGCAGCAGUGCACGAUCUUGAAGAGGAGAAGAUAGUUCAAGAGAGUACUCUAUCUGAAUUUCUGAAGAAAAAGGCAGCCAUUGACUGUCAGAAGCAGCUGCUUUCUAGCCUUGAGGAAGAAGUCAAUGAGAUGUCAGAGAGAUUUGCAUACGAGAGAGCUAAACAUUUGGAUGAGCAGCACAAUUUGCAGGGUAUACUGAGUGAUUUGCAGGUGAAGCACGAAGGGAUGCUUGAUGUAAAGUCGAUACUGGAAGCUGAAAAAGAAGCUCUUCGAAUACUCAGAUCUUGGAUCGAGGAUGAAGCAAGGAAAAGCCAAGCCCGUGCUAAGGUUCUUGAGGAGGUGGGACGAAGGUGGAAAUGGUAG